UUGAACGGUUGGAUUUACACUCGCCACUCCACUCUCGGUUCCCCCGCCGCGGAGAAGACAGAUAGCAGCGCCGCCGACCUCGCUCUCUUCCCCGCCCCGCCCCGCCGUUGGAGAAACUGGCUGGGGCAGCCACCUCUACCGGCUACCGCGGCACCUCCAGGGCUUUCGCUCGCUCCAAUCUGGAGUGGAGAGGGCUGGAGGGGAUACAUUCAGCUUCAGCCUGUUCCUCAUCUCUUCCCCUUGCAUUAUUGUGCCUUGCCAUACAUCAUUUUCUGACAGAGCAGUGCUGCUGUUGAGACCUGAAUAAGCAUGUUGAUCAAACGGAGCAUCUUCGCUUCCUGCCACCUUGACGCUUUUCGCCCGUUCAUCAUAGUGCUGUUGGCGGCUGCGUACAUCUAUGUGCCAGCUACUGCUAUUGUUGCUGUUCCAAGUUCUCAUUGUUAUACCUUCGACAGUGAUAGCCACCUUGUUGACUUCACACACCUGGCUGGGAAGAAUUUUGAAUACAAUGAGGAGGGCUCAGUAACUUCUGACUUGGUUGUCCAGUUGUGCAAAGAUGUGCAGAGAAGGUCUCAGGCGGGUGGUUUCAUUGACUUUGGCCGCUUUACCAAUCAUCGCUCUUUUGAGACCGGUUCAAAGCCGAUUGACUACAUCCAGAGAUUUCACAAUGGUGAUUUAGCGAAAUGUGAAACUACGUUUGAAGAGAUGGGCCGUACUGCACAGGUCAACAUUAUGUGUGGACGAUGCUCAAAUAAAGUAUGCAAAGAUGAACAUGGAUGCAUUUGCAGCGUAUCCUAUGAUGAAAGGAUGUGCAGGACGGUUGUUGAGCUAGCCAUUCCUUGUCCUAAAAGAGGUCCAAGAGUUUUUAAGGGUUUCACUGUGGGCUUCCACCCCCGGUCAGCAGAAGUGGUUUACAAUGGAUUGACUCAACUGGGAUUCGAACAACUUCAUCAUGGGUUUAGCUUUCCAAGUGAGCAGAUUCACGUGUCUUUAUAUCUUAGCGCCAUGUCUUCUCUCGCAGACCUAGUUGGAAAACCUACCUUCAGGGUUAAUCCGAUGAAAGGGCUUGAUGUUAUGCUUACAGGAUCAGGGGCCAAUGGUGCCGUGCCUACUGCCCUGUCUCCAACAGUUCUGAAUGUGAAUUGGAUAUGCGAAAUCAUUCGAAGCAAUCCAUAUGUGGUGAAUGUUUCAAUCCCAGUGGUGGGCUAUGAUCCAAUUGAAUUCACGCUUACCAAAGAAUGUGGUUACACACAAGAAAGAGAGAGUGAUUCUAUGAGAGGGUGGGCAACAUUUGGAAUUAUUUCUUGCAUAUUCAUUGUCUUUUCGAGCCUACUUUGUUGUGGGGGAUUCAUCUACAAAAGCCGUGUGGAGCAUCAGGAUGGCUUACAUGCACUGCCUGGGAUGACUACCGUGUCUGCCUUUCUUGAUGUUGUUGGAAGACCAAGAGGCUACUUGAGAGCAGGUGAUCCUAGUGGAAAUCAUUCAAGCCAAGCAUCGUGGGAGAACACUUCUGUUACCACACCAGCAGCACAGAGAACAAAUGAUGGAAGAUAUGGGACAAUAUGAGCCAUACUUAGUCUUGUGGAAUUUGUCUUGUAGGUGUGCUAUUUCUGGGUCCUUUCCGGUCCACAAAACCUGAUCUGAAUUAAGAAGACCUCUUCCCUCCACUAUCAACUUGUAAUAGCUGUUGUCAAAUUUCGGAGGGCUGGCAAAGUCUAGUGGGCUGAUGUUGU